CUCGAGCUGCUCGCGCUCAAGGCGGAGCUGCAGAGCUCGCUCGCGCGCCUGGGGCUGGAGCCCGUGAGCUCCGACUCGUCCUCGUCCUCUGUCCAGGAUGUAGCGCCUCCGCCGGCGUGGCAGGCGGCGAUUGCCGAGCUGCAGCAGCAACGCGCGGACAUUCAGCGCCAGAUGGAGCAGGAGGCGGCGGCAGACGCAGAGAUGGAGAGCUAUGCAGAGCCACAGGAGGAGGAGGAGGUGGAGGAGGAGCCUCAGGAGACGCAGAGGAGUGGGUCUAGUGCGGUGCACCUGGGCAACAAUGAGUCGGUGUCGGAGACGCAGUAUUCCAUUGGAGGGGUGGUGACGCUGGAGCCGCUGUCUUCAACGCAACGGCAGGCGUCGAGUGCGAGGACGGGGCUGACGUUCCGUCCUGCAGUGGCUGCUUCUGGUUCUACGGUUCCUGAGGUUCCUUUGAAGUUCGCCGAGACGAUGUUGAAGCUGGAAAAGUCGGUGCAGAUGAGGGACCAACUGCUGCAUCACGGCGGGGUGGUGGCGCACAAGCGGAGAGCGGGGAUGCGAACUAGAGAGGAGAACGACGGAGGGCAACGCGGAAGGCGGCCGCACCGCAAACGCUCCUUUGAGAGCGGUUCGUGCAACAGUGACAGCGGCAGUGACCAUGCAGUCCCGAGCAGAUCUACGGACGAGCGGCCAGAUGAGAACCACAGAACGCCCACGACUGGCAGUAGCGUGACCACCCCGACCACUCGAAGCGACCAGAAGUCCACUGCUUCAUCGUCAAAGCAGGUUCGCUUCGGUGAUGACGCGUACUCCACCCCGGUGCUCGCUCGCAAGUUUAAUUUCGAUGGCCUGUCAAUCGACGAAGACGAGGAGGAAGAGAAAGAGGAGGAGGAGAGCGUCCUGAGUUUCCUCGGUGGAUCUAGCGUUACCAGCGCCGAGUUGAAUGAUGCCUCUUUCGUGCGAGCUUUCGAACGAUUCCGUCGCGAGCUGAACGCGCCCAAGCAUAAUACUGUCACGCAAUCGCCGGUGCAGCAACCCCUU